CGGGCUGGAGGGGAAGAGGCCGCGUGCACACUCCUCCUCUGGCCCCACUUAAGGCUGCCAUGGGGCCCAGUGCUCCUCUGCUGCUCCUCUUCUUUUUGUCAUGGACGGGACCCCUUCAGGGACAGCAGCACCACCUUGUGGAGUACAUGGAACGCCGGCUAGCUGCCUUAGAGGAACGGCUGGCCCAAUGCCAGGAUCAGAGUAGUCGUCACGCUGCUGAGCUUCGGGACUUCAAAAACAAGAUGCUGCCUCUCCUGGAGGUGGCAGAGAAGGAGCGGGAGACCCUCAGAACCGAAGCAGACACCAUCUCAGGAAGAGUGGACCGUCUUGAACGGGAGGUAGACUAUCUGGAGACACAGAACCCAGCUUUGCCCUGUGUAGAGCUGGAUGAGAAGGUGACUGGAGGUCCUGGCGCCAAGGGCAAAGGCCGAAGAAAUGAGAAGUACGAUAUGGUGACAGACUGUAGCUACACCGUCUCUCAGGUGCGGUCAAUGAAGAUCCUGAAGCGGUUUGGUGGUUCAGCUGGCCUAUGGACCAAGGAUCCACUGGGGCCAGCAGAGAAGAUCUACGUGUUAGACGGCACCCAGAACGACACAGCUUUCGUCUUCCCAAGGCUGCGUGACUUCACCCUUGCCAUGGCUGCCCGGAAAGCUUCCCGAAUUCGGGUGCCCUUCCCCUGGGUAGGCACGGGGCAGCUGGUGUACGGUGGCUUCCUUUAUUAUGCUCGAAGGCCUCCUGGAGGACCUGGAGGGGGUGGUGAAUUGGAGAACACUCUGCAGCUGAUCAAAUUUCACUUGGCAAACCGAACAGUGGUGGACAGCUCAGUGUUCCCUGCAGAGAGCCUGAUCCCCCCCUACGGGCUGACAGCAGAUACAUAUAUCGACCUGGCAGCUGAUGAGGAGGGCCUGUGGGCUGUCUAUGCCACUCGAGAAGAUGACAGGCACUUGUGUCUGGCCAAGUUAGACCCACAGACACUCGACACAGAGCAGCAGUGGGACACACCAUGUCCCAGAGAGAAUGCAGAGGCUGCGUUUGUCAUCUGUGGGACCCUGUACGUUGUCUAUAACACCCGCCCUGCCAGUAGGGCUCGUAUUCAGUGUUCCUUUGAUGCCAGUGGUACUCUCGCCCCUGAAAGGGCAGCACUCUCCUAUUUUCCACGCCGAUAUGGUGCCCAUGCCAGUCUUCGCUAUAACCCCCGUGAGCGCCAGCUGUACGCCUGGGAUGAUGGCUACCAGAUUGUCUACAAAUUGGAGAUGAAGAAGAAGGAGGAGGAAGUUUAAGCAGCUAGCCUUGUGCUCUUGAUUCUUAUGCCCAGACAUUUAUAUCCCUAUGAGAUCUCCUGCAGUUCAUUCUUCAAAAAGAAGGCCAGUGGUGGUAGCUCAUAUACCUUAAUUUUUAAAGGACAACCAAACUCUCAUAGCCCUCUGAUUUAUGAUCUGGUUCAGCAUCCAGAGCUCCAGAUCCUGAGUAGCAUUUUAGAACCGAACAGCAAACAAACACCCUAAAUCUUCACUCCUGCUCUCUCCCGCCCUAUGUCCACAAAGUUUAGUUCCAAACUCAGAGCCCUGUCCUUUGGAGAGGGUCAACCCCAGAGAGCAGGCGGUGACAGCAUUCUUGCCCUCAGUAUGACCCAAGGGAGAGAACUCAGAGACAAUGCUGCCUUCCCUCCCUCCCUCCCUCCCCCUCCAAUGUAGAGGAGAAUGGGGCUUUCCCCACAUCACUUUGUAUGGUAACAGUUUGCAUUAAAAGGAAAACCCACCA